AUGGGUCUCGUCAACAUCAACACAGUAAUUGGCCUCCUCGCCGUCGGGGCCAACGCUCUCCCCCAGAGUAUCCCAUCAUCUUCUGCCCCGGCGGCAGAAGCGGAGGCAUCUUAUACCGCGAACCCAAACGUUGGCCCAGGAGGCAACAACUUCAAAGACUCAGCCCAUUUCCGAGUCUACGCGGGAUCUGCCGAAGCGACCGACAAGGCCCUGGACAUGCUUGAAGGCGCAUUCGACUGCUUUGUUGGAACACUCAAGUGGCGCUCUUCUGGACUCUCUUUCAACGAACAAACCGAUAGCGGCCCCUUGCACAAGACCAAUGUUUACACCGUCGGAACUCUAAACGAAGCGGCUGGUGUAAUGCACUCUGAUGCUGAGAGCGGAUCAGCUUGGUUGGAAGUUGUCAACGAGUAUCUUGCUGUUCCCGGCGUGACCGUUCACGAAUACGGUCACGGGCUACAUUACCACCAGCAGGCCUGGGUCGACCAGGCGAAUACUGGUGCUUGGUGGGAGACUUUGGCCAACUGGGCAGCUGACACGUACAAAACAUCGGAUAUAUGCGCCAGCGCUCGCAAAGCCCAUAACCAAGAGACUUCUCCUACCGAGAUAGAGCUCAAGAAGCUUCUCGGUGACUCUCACCAGGUUAUCGUGGACGGUACCCCAGAGUCUGGCAACUACUACCAGGCCUGGCCUUUCCUGGCUUACUUGACCAACAACCCCGAUGACUUUGCAGGUUUGGGCCAAGACACUGUUCGUCAGUUGCAAAUUCAGUAUGAAAAGGGAAGCAACGAAACUCCUCUCCAUACACUAAGCCGUGUGUCUACGAAUGCCACAGUCGGCGAUAUCGUUGGUCGAUACUGGGCGCGCAUGGCCUAUGUCGAUAUUGGCCAUUCUUCCGCUCAAGAAGUCUUCUUCCAGCAACGUGCAGAGAUUGAUUUUGCACAUGUCGAACCUUCUGGUGACGGCUACAAGCCUACAGCGGACCGCGCCCCUCGAUACAUGGGAGCCAACAUCAUUCCUCUGCAAGUUACUGGUAACCAGGUUGGUGUCAACGUCGCUUCGGAUGGCGAGUUUGUGGCGACUGUCGCUAUUUACCGUGAAGGUGGGGAGACUUCUUAUACUACUCUUGUCAAUGGUGCUGCCACCGUUAGUGUCCAGGCUGGAGAUGAUGUCAGUGUUAUUGUUGCGAAUGCUCCAGCCAAGCCUAUCAUGUACAAUGGCUUCGAGUUGACUCCCGAGGUUUCUGAGGGGCUUGAUUACACUCUUAAUCUCACUGGCGCGAGUCCCCAAGCUUAA